AUGGUAUUGGCUUUUGGUGCGUUCAAUGGUAAACUUGCUAAAUUUUCUGCUAAUGAGCUUGGAGGACUGGUUUCAGCUGCCGUUGUCAAGGAACUACCAGCUAGACUCAAGAUAGACUCGGUGAUCUACGGCAACGUGCUGCAGACUUCAUCUGAUGCGGCGUAUCUUUCUCGCCAUGUUGGACAUCGAGCUGGUCUCCCUAUUGAAGCCUCUGCUUUAACCAUCAACCGUCUUUGUGGUUCUGGGUUUCAAGCCAUCAUCAAUGGUGCACAGGACAUUCUUCUUGGUGAAGCGGAAGUUGUUCUUGUUGGUGGUUCAGAAAACAUGUCACAAGCGCCUUUUGCUCUCCGUGAUGCGCGAUCUGCUCCGCGAUAUGGUGUAGAUCAGAAACUGGAAGACACUCUUGCUCAUGCACUCAUUGACUCGUACCCAACCAAAACACCCAUGGGUAUUACUGCCGAGAAUCUUGCGAAAAAAUUUGGAAUCAGCCGUGGACAAGCUGACGAGUAUGCACUUUUUAGUCAAACUCGUUGGGCAAAGGCUCAAGAAAGUGGUUGGUUUGCGGAUGAGAUUUUUCCAAUUGAAAUCAAAUCGCGAAAGGGUGUCGAGCUGUUUGAUGUUGAUGAGCACGCUCGUCCUCAAACUACGCUUGAAGGUCUUGGAAAACUUUCACCUGUAUUUAUCAAAGAGACUGGCAUUGUCACUGCUGGAAAUGCCUCUGGAAUAUCGGAUGGGGCAGCUAGUUUGGUUAUUGCCAGCGAAGCAAGUGUCAAGGAAUAUGGGCUUAAGCCACUUGCUAAAAUUCUCAGCUGGAAGUAUAUUGGAGUUGAGCCGAGCAUUAUGGGCAUUGGACCAGUACCAGCGAUCCGUGAAGCACUCAAGCGUGCAGGUCUUGCAUUGCAAGAUAUUCCUUUAAUUGAGAUUAAUGAAGCUUUUGCAGCACAAGUGCUGGCAGUAUGCAAGGACUUGAAACUUGAUCCAGCCAAGAUCAAUGUAAAUGGAGGAGCGAUUGCUCUUGGACACCCACUUGGAGCGAGUGGAGCUCGUAUCAUGACACAUUUAGCGCAUCGUAUGCAUCGCACACAAGCCAAGUAUGCUCUUGGAUCUGCUUGCAUUGGUGGAGGACAAGGUAUUGCGAUUGUUCUUGAAAAAGCAUAA